GUUGCACAUUGUAGAAUACAAGAGUUCUUUAAAUAGUGAAUGUAAUUUUUUUUUAUUCAGCAAUCUUCUGUCAAGUCAUAUGUUAAGAUAUAGUAAAAAAAAAAAUUUCUAUGCAGCUGCUAUAUAAGCUGAAAGUUAUAAGUCUUUUAACGUAGCAAAGCAAGCAAUCACAGAUACGAAAUUAUAUGCAAUAUAAGAAACUUAAUACUCUCGGCAAUCUAUCUAAUAAUUGACAUAAUACAUUACGACUAGAUUUAUUUAUUCAUUAUCAAAAGACUACACAUUUUGAUUUGAUUUUACUUUAAUUAGGAUAAUUAAUAAUAUCAGGGAUAAUAAAAAUAUUAGUGGAAGAAGAAACUUGUUCGAGCACAGUGACACAUCAUCAUUCCUGUUAUAGUAUUAUUAAAUGUGCUUAUUUUCAAAUUUUUAAUUCCUAGUGCAAUAUAAAACCAAAUUAAAAGUGAUCCUCUUAAAACACAAUUAAAAUCUUGCAUAUUGCGCGUUUAUGCUGUAAAGUAUUAUCAUCAAAAUGGAGAACGAAAAAUUGGAUGUAAUAAUAUUUGGUGCUACUGGAUUUAGUGGAAAAUACGUGGUUAAAGAAGCGGCACGUUAUAUAAAAGAAAAUAAUUUUACUUUUGGAGUAGCUGGACGCAGAAAAGAGGCAUUAGAAUCCGUUCUUAAAGAACACGCACCAGAUCUUAGUAUUCCUAUCAUUAUUGCGGAUGUAAAAGAUGAACAAUCUAUUAAUAAAAUGGUAGAGAAAGCAAAAGUGCUAAUUAAUUGUAGUGGUCCAUUUGCUUUUUGUGGAGAACCUGUUAUUAAAGCUUGUAUAGCUGCUAAAACUCACUACGUUGAUAUAAGUGGAGAAACUAUGUUCAUAGAAGAAAUGGUAUUGAAGUAUAACGAAGCAGCACAAAAAGCUGGCGUCUAUAUUAUAAGUGCUUGUGGUUUUGAUAGCAUUCCUUCUGAUCUUGGUAUCAUAUUUACACAACAAAAGUUUGGCGGCGAAGUUAAUAGCAUUGAAGAAUACAUUAGUAUAUCARAUCAYGUAAARCUWARCAAACCUWUAKUAMACUUUACAACUUUGGAAAGUSYUAUUAAURUAUUGGGCAAUAUUGAKAAAUUACGUGAAAAUCGUARRAAAYUAUUYUYCAAAAAAUUACCAGAAUUUAAGCCCAAAUUAAAUAUAAAACGCAGGCUUCCGCACAAAUCUCCUUUUACAAAUAAUUAUUCAGUGUUAUUCGUUGGUCCAGAUUAUUCAAUAGUUCAUCGCACACAAAGAUUUUUGUAUGAAGAAUAUAAUCAAAGACCUGCUCAGGUUGCAAUAUAUUUAAGUAUCAAAGCUAAAUUUCUAACGAAAAUUAUUGCAWUAAUGCUAUUAUUAAUAACUCUUGUUCUUUCAAAAUUUUCAUCUGGACGCAAUUUAAUAUUGAAGUAUCCUGAAMUAUUUACUWACGGRUUWGUKAGUCGAAAAGAGCCGAGUGAAGAAGCAUUGAACAARAUYGAGAUAUGUSYAACUUUYUUAACACGUGGUUGGACUGAAAAAUUAAGYGAACCUUCCGACGUUCAUUCGGAUMCACCAAAUAAGGAGAUGGUGACAAAAGUYACUUGUAMCAAUGKAUAUUAUAUUACUGCUAUUAGCGUAUUAUUUAGCGCUCUUACUAUUUGUAAAGAAUCUGAUAAAAUGCCUCAAAGUGGUGGGGUUCUCACUGCUGGUGCUGCAUUUAGUAAGACUUCUUUGAUUAAUACAUUAAAUAAUCAUGGUCUUAAAUUUGAAGUUGUUUCAUCCAUUGAAAAAUGAAGGUAUUGUUACUAUGGUCUAAUGUAAGUGUACAAUAUUUCAUUAACGAUUCAUGAUGAUAAGCAUAAAUUUUUGAUAUUUUACUUACUAAAUGUACUCUUACAAAAAUGAAAUUCACCUAUUUAUAUAUUCUUAACGAAGGUGCUUGGUUUAUAAGAAAUUCAUAAAGUACUAUGAAAUUAUGGAUGUCAAUAAGG